GAUGUAGAGGUGUUACAUACCGGGGUGGAGCAAGCCAUUACGUUGCGGUGUCUACAUCACGGUCCGUGCGUGGGGUGUCUACAUCAACGUCCGCAUACAGCCCCGCCCCUCGGGGGGCAGUUGGCUAUAUAAGGCGGUGUGCGAGAGAGCUCGAGGCAGUCGUUGGAGCAGAAGAGCCGUUGGAGACUGAAAACCAGCUCGCAAGCCCUGGGACUACACUGAGUCGGUCUCCUGCAGGAGUGGAACCGAGCUGUGGAGACCCGGACCGCGCGAGAGACACCGUGAGCUCUGAGCACCCUCGUCUGCAAGUUGCUACCAUGGAGAUCAGCCGAGCUGGAGAGGCUCGGAGUAACGGCGAGUCUUGCACCACGUGGAGUGCGCUGUCCUCAGCGCGCACCGCCUCCAUCCGCAGCAAGUCGCCACAAGCAAUCCUGGCUCUCUUUGGCCCUCAGGAAGUAUGGUACUCUGCGCUCCGCAACAGAUCCCGGGGACCAAAUAACGAUGGAUACGACGACCACGAACAUCAUUACAUUCUGGUCCAGCAUGAGCACCUCCACUACCGCUAUGAGGUGCUGAAGAUUGGGGAAGGAGGUCAAGGCCAGGUGAUCCGGUGCCUUGACCACAUGAGGAACACCCUGGUGGCCGUAAAGAUCUUGGUAUCACCAUUGAGCUCCAAGCGUGAUAACUCUCAGAGAAUGGAGAUGAAGAUGGCUCUGGAACUUCAGGGCAAGGGCAGUGAUGAGGACUACAACGUCGUCAAAGUCCUGAACCAUUUUGACUUCAGAGGACACCACUGCAUUGUCCUGGAGCUGUUGAAGGAGAGCCUCCAUGAUGUGAUUAAGGAAGCGGGGCUCCGGCAAUUGCACAUGGGGAUGGUGAAAACUUACAACAGGGGCAUCCUCAAGUUCCUUUGCCACACCAAGGCCAGGAGCAUCAUCCAUGCGGACAUCAAGCCAGAAAAUGUUCUAAUCAAGGACACCGUGACCGGCACCAUCAGGGUCACGGACUUUGGCACCAGCUUUUUUGUGAAACGUCAACCUCUGCAUGUUGGUGGGACCCUGCCAUUCCAAUCUCCGGAGGUAUUGCUGGGCUACAGAUUGACCUGUGCAGUGGACAUGUGGGCACUGGGCUGCACGGUGGCGGAGUUGGUGACCGGCAGGGAAUUAUUCCAGUCGGACAGCCGCGACGACCACCUCCCGUGCUGCAUGGAGAUCCUUGGGUUGCCUCCAAGAUGUAUGAUGGAUGCAGCUCCUGACGGAAUACACUACUUUGUCAAGAGAAGGGUGCCAGGGAGCUUGUCACUUCACGGGGCACUCAAUAGCCAAGACCUGGAGUUUGUUGAAUUCGUCAGCUCCUGCCUGCGAUAAGAUCCAGAUUGUCGCAUGACGCCAGCGCAGGCGCUGGGUCACAGCUGGCUCCGGACCGCGGCCACCAGCACUACCAGCAACGCCACCACCACUGCUACUCCUGGCAGUGUACAGUGUUUUGGAGCUGCUGAGCGACGAGCGGAGCCGGCGCUGCCCCCAUCCUCCGCGCUCGCCCAGGCCUCUAAAUGGCUGACGGUUGUUGUGGAGGAAGAGGAGACUCCGGUGGAG